AUGUUCAUAAACCGAUGACUAUUCUCUACCAAUCACAAAGACAUUGGUACCUUGUAUUUACUAUUUGGCGCCUGGGCAGGAAUAGUGGGCACUGGCCUAAGCUUGUUGAUUCGUGCUGAAUUAGGUCAACCUGGUACACUUAUCGGAGACGACCAACUUUACAAUGUUCUAGUAACAGCUCACGCCUUCGUAAUAAUUUUCUUUAUAGUUAUACCUAUUAUAAUUGGAGGCUUUGGAAACUGACUCGUUCCCUUAAUAAUUGGAGCCCCCGACAUAGCAUUUCCCCGUUUAAACAAUAUAAGCUUCUGACUACUUCCUCCUUCCUUUCUACUACUGAUAGCAUCCUCGAUAAUUGAAGCCGGCGCAGGUACAGGCUGAACUGUAUAUCCUCCUCUAGCCGGAAAUCUAGCACAUGCAGGAGCCUCAGUAGACCUUACUAUUUUCUCUCUACAUUUAGCCGGUGUAUCUUCAAUCCUUGGAGCUAUUAACUUCAUCACAACUAUUAUUAAUAUAAAACCACCCGCUAUAACCCAAUACCAAACACCUCUCUUCGUCUGAUCAGUCUUAGUUACAGCAAUCUUACUUCUACUAUCAUUACCUGUUUUAGCAGCCGGAAUUACUAUACUACUAACUGAUCGAAACCUAAACACAACUUUUUUCGACCCGGCAGGCGGAGGAGACCCAAUCUUAUAUCAACACUUAUUCUGAUUUUUUGGUCAUCCAGAAGUAUAUAUUCUAAUUUUACCUGGCUUUGGAAUAAUCUCACAUAUUGUUACUUAUUAUUCGGGGAAAAAAGAACCUUUUGGGUACAUGGGAAUAGUAUGAGCUAUAGUUUCUAUUGGCUUCCUGGGUUUCAUUGUAUGAGCUCACCAUAUGUUUACAGUUGGAAUAGACGUAGACACACGAGCAUAUUUUACAUCAGCUACCAUGAUUAUUGCAAUCCCUACAGGAGUAAAAGUUUUCAGUUGACUAGCAACACUCCACGGAGGAAAUAUUAAAUGAUCUCCUGCCCUAAUAUGAGCUCUAGGCUUUAUUUUCUUAUUCACAGUAGGAGGUUUAACCGGUAUUAUCCUAGCUAACUCAUCCCUAGAUAUUAUUCUCCACGAUACCUAUUAUGUGGUUGCCCAUUUCCACUAUGUACUUUCAAUAGGAGCUGUCUUCGCCAUCAUAGGAGGCUUCGUCCACUGAUUUCCACUAUUUUCAGGGUAUACACUAAACCCAACAUGAACAAAAAUCCAAUUCAUAAUUAUAUUUGUAGGUGUAAACAUGACAUUCUUCCCACAACACUUCCUAGGUCUAUCUGGAAUACCUCGCCGAUACUCCGACUAUCCAGAUGCUUACACAACAUGAAAUACCAUCUCAUCAAUAGGCUCAUUUAUCUCACUAACAGCAGUCAUACUAAUAAUUUUCAUUAUCUGAGAAGCAUUCGCAUCUAAACGAGAAGUACUAGCAGUAGACCUCACCUCCACAAAUCUUGAGUGGCUAAACGGAUGUCCUCCACCAUACCACACAUUUGAAGAACCAGUAUACGUCAACCUAAAGUAUUCAAGA